AUGCGUGGAAAAGAGACUCGUUCUUCUCGCCUGUACGACAGAGGAACGGCGAACGACGAGAUUCCGAAGGACUGGUCCAAGACGAAGGAUCUUUGUUCCUUCAGCGACUGGUUAAACUCGAAGAAAAGCUCGGGAAACGAACAGGGUAAAUCCGGGGACCGAUGGAUCCGCGAUUACGAGACCAGCGAUAAAGGCAGGCCUGAUUCUUCGGCCGUGGACAAAGGGGCGAACGCAAAGGCGGCCGUGGCGUUUAACGCGAGGAAUCAACGAGAUGAAACGACGAGGAAAGAGGCGCCGUCGCUGGAAUCUCUCAAGGAGACGAUAUUAGAAUUGAAAAAAAGCCUGAACGCGGCUGACAAAAAGCGGGAGGAAAAUUCUAAAAACGUGGACGCCGGGAAAGUCGGGGAAAAGGACGGAGACAGGCACGAGCAGAAGGAAGGAACAAGCCGCGCGAGGAAUAAGUACCGAAAAAACGAGAACGACGACGAAACGGGCUCCGGCUGGUGGGAAGGUUCGCUAGCGGAAAAGUUGGAUUUAAAAAAGCGUGAACAGGGCCCUGAAGAUCUCGAGGAGAAGAAUGCUCGGCCGAAAGUGUGGAGAACGAAAAGGACCGAAGUUAAUAACGACGAUGGUAACCCGAAACUCUUUCGCAGAGUGGGGUUUGGGGAGCCGUACCUUGAAGAGAACACCCCAAAAGAGCCUCGUGACCGUAAAAGACGUAGCAAGGGAACGCCGUCAGACGAGAAACGUCGCUUAAACGAGGCUCCGGAUAAAAACGCGGACACGGUAGCCGAGGAGAAAAAUUCGAUGAAAAUAUCGGAAACAGCCGCGGAUUACGAGCGCGCGGAUAAUUCCGGGAAAAAAGGACCCCCGCCGAGUGAUUCGCGGGGAACCGGCGUCCUCGAACGCGAAAGCGAAUUAACGAAUAGUCCGGAGGAUGCGGCGAAUUCCGGGAUCUCAGAGGGGCCAGCAAAGGAGGAGAGGAAAAAUACGGAAACAGCGGGAAAUUGCGAAGAAUCGGAUCUAUCGCGGGAAAAUCUGAACGCGAUGGAAAACGAGUUGACGAGGAAGAAAGGAAAGGGUGAAAGUCCCGAGGGAAAUUCUUUGCAAACCUUCGAAUCCAUGACGAAUGAAUUGCAGGCUGCUUCUUCUGCCACCGAAACCUCGAGUCAAGAAAAUGUCGGCUCGAGCAAGGGAGAACAGGUGAUCAAAGUCUUUGAACCUCAGAGGCAUUUGCAUGAAAACAGCGAACGCACAAAGGAAGUCCGAAGGACCGAGCCAGACGAGGAGCAUGGAAAAUUGUCUCGGCAACUGGUGCAAGAGAAAAGGUCUACCGGAGAAUCGGGAAAUAUUAAUAUCCUGCUCGAGUCGGAAAACAAAAAUCUCGUCAAGUUCAGCAACGCCUGUAACAAGGACGGCAAACUCGUCGCUGACCGAUCGCCGUUCGUGCUGAACGUGUACGACGUGAAGAAGAAGAUGAUCCUGGAGGACGAGGACAAGCCUGGGAAAUCGGUUUCCACGAUUUACAAGAUGAAGUUGGAGAAGGCGCAGGUCGAUACACCCGCGAGUAGUGCGAACAAACGACGAGAGAGCCAAGGGGGCGAUGACGGUCCAAUUAGUAAUGGAGUUCCCGAUUUCGAGAAGAACAAAGUUAAGGAAGUGCCAUACGAAGACACGCCCGGAUCCGCGAACAUCAUGAAGGAAAGGAAGCUCGAUGAAAAACGACUUAAGAACUUCAUAGACUCGGACAAAGGAUCGGAACAAAGCGGCGUCAAUGAAGAAGGAACUCGAAACUGGUUCGAAGGCGCAGCUCGUAAUCAAAUGGGUAUGAAUGUCGAUCACGGUGCAGCUGAGAAUUGUAAUGAACUAGGUGGGAAGGACAAAUUUACGGACGCAGAGGGAGGACGGUUUAACGACGAGAAAGGAGACUCCAGCCAGGAUCCGAACAACAAAGCAGGAGCGAACGAAGACAACGACGAGGGUAGAAAUAAUAAAAAAUAUCGUCAAAUAUUCAUAAUGACCGACGGAAUGGAUGACCGGAUAAUGAGUGACAGAUACGGUCAAAGGAGAAUUCUUCAAUACAUGGAAUACUCGAACGACGACGUGGAAGACGUCGAUGUGAAUUACGACAGGGAAGAAAACGACGAUCAACGUCGAGCUAGCAUAGAGAAAGACGAAGCACCGUCGCGAAGGAAGGAACGAGCAGCGUACAGCGACAAGAAGAAAGCGAAAGUGAACAUGCUGAUAAGGGAAAAGCUGGACAGGAAGAAGAAACCGAGUCGCGGUAGGAAGAAGCGAGACCCAAACGUAAUCGCGUACUACGAUUACGACAGCGACGUGGAGCAACAAGAUCGAGAGGCGUUGUCACCGACGAUCGACGAACGAAGCAAAGACAAUUAUCGCGACAAGAACGCUGCGCAGGAAUCCGAUACGGGACUCGGUAAUCACGCGUGCACUUCUCCAUCUGCGAAAUUCUAA